ACCUGGUGCUAGGAAGAAGAAGAAGAAGAGCUAUCAGUGAACCUGGACGAACUGUGAACUUUCCUGUCAGACUCUGCUCUUCGGUCCGGACACGAUUUAUCGAAGUGUGAUGAAGGCAGCUGGAAAACUCAUGAAGGUGUUCGUGACGAGGAGGAUCCCUCAGGAGGGGAUGAAGCUCCUGUCUGCGGCCGGAGAGUGUGAAGUGUCUCAGUGGGACUCGAGUGAACCAGUCCCAAGAGCCGAGCUUCUCAAAGGCGUUGAAAGGGCUGACGGUCUCCUGUGUAUGCUGACAGACAAGAUCGAUGCUGAGGUCCUGGAUGCUGCAGGACCAAACCUCAAAGUGAUCAGCACCAUGUCUGUAGGGUUCGACCACUUGGCUGUCGAUGAAAUCAAAAAACGCGGUAUACGUGUUGGAUACACUCCGGAUGUGCUGACCGAUGCCACAGCUGAACUGACUGUGGCUCUGCUGCUGUCCACUGCUCGCAGAUUACCAGAGGGAGUGGAGGAGGUCAAGAAUGGUGGCUGGAGCUCGUGGGACCCGAUCUGGCUGUGUGGAUAUGGUCUCUCUGGCAGCACAGUAGGAAUCAUUGGACUCGGACGCAUUGGUAUGGCCGUUGCUAAGAGACUCAUGCCCUUUGGGGUGAAGAGGCUGCUCUACUCUGGGAGAACAGCCAAGCCCCAGGCUGCAGAGGUGAAUGGAGAAUUUGUUCCUCUGGACACACUUGUGCCUGAGAGCGACUUCAUAGUUCUUACCUGCUCCCUGACUCCAGAAACCCAGGGGCUGUGUGACAAGGCCUUCUUCAGCAAGAUGAAGAACACAGCAGUCCUCAUCAACUCAAGCAGGGGGACUGUGGUGAACCAGGACGAUCUGUACGAGGCUCUGAGCAGUGGACAGAUAGCUGCCGCUGGAAUGGACGUCACAACACCCGAGCCACUCCCAACAAACCAUCCCCUUCUAACACUCAAAAACUGUGUGGUGUUGCCGCACAUCGGCAGUGCCACCUACGCCACAAGAGGUGUCAUGUCAGCGCUGACGGCGCAGAACCUGCUGGCUGGAUUACGGGGCACAGAGAUGCCCAAAGAACUCGUCCUCUAGAGUCUGAAGCGGAGCCGCUGUGCCUCCUCUGAUGCUGUGCAGACGUCAGGAAACAGAAACGUACGGAUGUGAUAAUAGUUCUGCCUCGAUAGUUUCAUUUGAUUCUGUCACAAUAACACAGAAGUGCACUUUUAGGAAGGAAAUGCUUCGUGCAAAGUUUAGUCCUUUCAGCUAGCAGCACUCCUUAACCUUAGUUUUUAUGGUAAGAAAAUAGUUUGCAUUGAAGGUCUUUCCUUCAAAAUAGAAUGUUUUUCUCUCUCAUUCUAAACACGGUUCUUGCCAUGAAGAUUAGAAAUACAUUUGUUGGUCUGCACUUUAACCUGAUGACGCUCCAUAUCAACACUCCUGCUCUGGUUUUUCUGAAGAAUAAAAACGUAUCUUUCAGUAGAAUUGUAACGUUUUGUGCAUGUCUUAAAAAAUAUCCUUGUGCUUGAAAAAGAUCAAUAAAAGUCACUGAGUGCAAUUCUU